CAUGAAGCUGAUACAUACAAAAAUAUUCUAAAAACUGCAACAGACCUGACAGGUAAAUAUGCUCAGCCUGAAUUAUUACAGUGGGGAAGAUCAACUUAAAGGGACACUAUAAUCACCAAAACAACUUUAGGUUAAUUAAAUGGUUUUGGUGUAUCGAUAAUGCCUCUGAAGUCUCACUGCUCAAUUCUCUACCAUUUAGGAGUUAAAUCAUUUUUGUUUCUGUGACUGACACAGUCUGCAAGAAUUUUUUUUUAUUAUUUCAAUCAGAUGUAAACUUAUUUAAAAAGUUUUUGUCACCUGCUCUGUAAAUUGAACUUUAAUUACAUACAAGAGGAUCCUGCAGGGUCUAACAAGCUAUUAACAUAGCAGGGAUAAGACAUUCAAAAUUAAACAAUAUUUACAAUAAAGGAAAGUGUAAACAUUAGAUCUCACUUUACAGGAAGUGCUUAGGAAUGCUGUGUAAGUCACCUGCAGGGAGGUGUGAUAAAGACUGCAAAAACAAAGAGAUUUAACUCCUAAAUGGCAGAGAAUUGAACAGUGAAACUGCAAAUGCAUGAUAUAUACACAAAAACCACUUAAUUAAGCUAAAGUUGUUUUGGUGACUACAGUGUCUCUUUAACUCCAAUUUAUCAGAGACCGAUCUGCAAUAUAUUUCAUGUAAACACGUCAUAAAGUGACAAUAAUGAUAAUAAACUGUUCAGCUAGAAAUAUGUUCAGUCCUAAACCUUAGUGUCUCAAACCCUGAAAAAAUAUUCACAAACAUCAAUGCUAACAAAGCUCCAACUGCUGUGAUCCAAGGAGAUAUCUGACUGCAAUUCUGGGGUCAGGAAGGAAUUUUUUCCUAGUUUGUUGCACAAUUGGAAGCACCUCAAACUGGGUUUUCUACCUGCAUUUGGAUCAACAGCAAAAACAUAUGUGAGAAAGGCUGAAUUUGAUGGACACAUGUCUCUUUUCAGCCUAUGUAACUAUGUCACUGUUAACAUUGAUGCAAUAUGACCAACAAGGUAGAGAGUUACAUAGUAAUCAAGGUUCGAAGAAAAACCUGAGAUCUAUCAUGUUCAGCCAUUAACACAUCUCUACACAUCUUUUACUCACCUUUACUCAAAAGCUAAUGAAAAAACUGCUAAAUAGAUUCAAAAUGUUGUCCUGAGUUUAAAAAUACCCAGUGUUUACGUGCUUUUUUGCAAUUUUUUUUUGUAAGUACAAGUAGGAUAUUGUGGUUUCAAAACAUACAUUUUUAAAAUUUAUCAAUAGUGACAUUGUAACACUAUUAUCUGUCAUAAAUCUCUGAAUAACACCCACAUGUACAUAUUUUUUUUAAAGUAGACAACCCAGGGUAUUCAAUAUGGGGUAUGUCCAGUCUUUUUUAGUAGCCACUUAGUCGAAAACACUGGCCAAAGUAAGCAUUCAUAUUUGUUUGCGUGUGAAAAAAGUAAAAAAACUAAAUUGAACGCUAAUUUUGGCCAGUGUUUGUGACUAAGUGGUUACUAAAAAAGACUGGACAUACCCCAUUUGCAAUACCUUUGGUUGUCUUCUUUUGCAAAUGGUAUGCCAUCAUGGGGGUAAUUCUCAUUCCUGGGCUACCAUACGCUCUCAAAGGCAACGUAACCAACCUGGCCAUUUUCAAUGUAAAAAUAUUUGACCUAUAUAUUUGACCUUGUAACUUUCAAAAAUGCUAUAAAACCUGUACAUGGGGGGUACUGUUUUACUCGGGAGACAUCGCUGAACACAAAUAUUAGUGUUUAAAAACUGGAAAACGUAUCACAACAAUUAUAUCAUCAGUAAAAGUGCUGUUUGUGUGUGAAAAAUGCAAAAAAAGUUACUUUCACUGACAAUAUCAUCGCUGUGAUAUGUUUUACUGUUUUGAAUCACUAAUAUUUGUGUUCAGCAAAGUCUUCCGAGUAAAACAGUACCCCCCAUUUACAGGUUUUAGGGUGUCGUAGAACAUUACAGGGUAAAACACAAUGCUAGCAAAUUAAAUUCUCUGGACUUUCAGCCUGGGUUGGCAGGCAGGUCCCUAAAAUUGCAAUCAAUAAAAUUGCUGAAUUAUGUAAAAAUAUUACAUAAAUAUGCACAAAGAAUUUAAAUAUGUAUAUAUGAAGUGUACGUGUAUAUUUAUAUAAUUAUUUAUGUACUUUUGUAUAUGGACAUAUGUAUAUUUCGUAUUAUUUUUAUUUAUUUAUAUAUACAAUUUCAUUCUAAGUGUAUUUUGAUAUAAAUAUAUAUAUAUAUAUUAUAUAUAUAUAUAUCAAAAUACAGUUAAAAUAAUAUUUCAUAUAAAUAUAUACAAUUUUUUUAAAAAUUAUUAUUAUUUUUACAUUUUUAAUUAAAAUUAAAUUACUUAUUAUUUGUAUUUUAUUAUAAUAUAUAUAUAUAUAUAUAUGUAUAUAUAUAUAUAUAUAUAUAUAUAUAUAUAUACAAUAUAUAGUUAUUAUAUAUAUUAUAUAUAUAUGUGUGCAAUUGAAUUAUAAGUGUAUUUUUAUAUUAAUAUAUGGACAUAUUAACAUACAAUACACUUAGUAUGACAUUAUAUAUAUAUAUAUAUACAUUAACAUUAACUUUAUUUAUUUUUUUAAUGAUUUUACACUAGCAGGGAGACUGCCUGGCACAGGCAGUCCUCCUGCAGGCAGACACAUGGACACCUAUUGUGACUAUGUCAUCGCUGUGUUGAGCAAUCACAUGGCUCCAGGGGUCCUAAUCCGGUGUUGGGAGACUGUCUGGGCUGCAGGCAGUCUCCCCACACUGGGAGCACCGCCAAUUGCUGCCGGGGGAACGACGGCGAUUGGGCAAGUAGCUAAGACUGUUAGGACGGUUCAGAACCGUCAGCGGUCGGCAAUGGAAAAAUGCUGAUGACGUUCCUGAACCGUCCUCGGUCCUUAAUGGGUUAAAUGAAACUUUACCAAUAUAACAUAAGGCCAGGGACUAAUGAAAGUAUUUAGAAAAUUGGGCAGACUAGAUGGGACGAAUGGUUCUUAUCUGCCGUCACAUUCUAUGUUUCUAUUUAUAAACUACCCCUUGUCUGUGCAGUACAUUUUGUAACAUAUUUCCUCCUAUUUCUAUGACACUAAAACUGCCACGUAUUUUGUUUCUCCAGGUAUCAACCCCCUAGUUAUUCUAACUCAUAAAACCUCCGGCAAUCUAAAUGAGGUGCGUAAAAUGUUUGAAGACCUGGGAUCCGAUAAGAUCUACGCUAUUGAAAAUUACACCUCAGAAAAUAAACAAGAAUUGCUGGGAAAACACAAGGAGAUUCUGUCUUUUCUCUGCCAGGUUCUGGAAGAAGUCAAUUUCUACAUGGAAAAGCAGAGGAAUCCAAAAAGUGAAAGGAAAGACAGGAUGAAGUUUAUUCUUAAAUACAUCAAGGGGACAGAUGAUGAGAAGAGAAACCAGGAAUUUGAAGAAGAAAGAAAAAGAAUGGCGGAAGAUCUAGAAAGGCAAAGAAAGCAUAAUGCAAGCAAGGAUUCCACGUGCUCCAUCCAGUAAUAAUUGUGGCAAAAAUUCUCGACUCAAUGUAAAACAUCUAUUGACCAAUAAAGAAUUAGAGUGUGAGCUUUCAGAACCACCCAGGUCUCGUCCUUCAAAAUAAACCAGUUAAAAUAUCCCCAGCCAGUAAAAUAACCAUAAUCACUUCUAGCUUUGAAAAUUAAUGCAUUUUAAACACCUUAUUAUCAGCAUAAUAAAGCAUCUACUACACUUUGCAGAAAGAUGUCUAAACUAACCCCCACAAUUUCC